AUGUGUAAAUUAUUUUUAAUAUCGUUAAUUUUAACAUCAAGCUUAUUUUUUUCUUUUUUAAUAAACAAUUGUAAUAGUGAAGAAAAAAAUUAUGUAUACGAAUUACAAUUAAGUGAAAACGAUCCAGAUGUGGUUAAAUUCGUUGAAAAUGGCUGGAACAAAUUAUGCGCUGAAGAUUCAGACAAAGCAACUACUGAGAGAGGCAAUUAUUAUAUCGUCUGCGGAAAACCAGAGUUGAUUGAAUUUGCAGAAUAUGGCUUGAGAAAAUUAGCAGCUGAAAGAAGGAUCAUGAGAGGAAGAAUAAUACAAGAAGGCAUGGCAAGAGUCACUUGCGCAAGAGUCCAAGUUAUAGGGACUGAAAGAAGAUAUACU